AUGUUCACGACUUUCUCCACAAUCGCAGUGUUCCUGGCUCUUAGCAGCCUAGGUGCGGCGCAGGGGAAUCCCGGAGGCCAAUACUGCGCUAUGAGCCAGAUACCACAGUGUGCGACCCCGCAGAAAGCACUAUGUGCAGAAGCGUAUAACCAGUUCAGCGCGAACACCAUCUAUUCCGGUCACACGGUGAAGAUCAGCAAUGAGACGGUCAACUCGUGCAUUGCCUCAUACGAAUGCAUCCAUGACUCCAAUUAUGGCUCUGGAGUAAGCGGACAAGUGCUAUUAGCAGCGUUCCAGAAGGUUGCGAGUGGGUGCGUCUCAUGUGGCCUUCGCUAUUUGGAUGACAACCCCGAGCUUGUGGGCAGUCUGUAUGAAUCCUAUUGUUAUGUGGUCCUCAAAAUUCAACCCGUACUAGCCAUAGCACCUUCGCCUUCACCCAGCUCGGCGUCACCGACGACGACACGACCUCUAAUUAUAUUCCCAGUUCCGACGAAUACUAGAACCUCAAUUUCUUCGAGUACUACAACCUCAAAUCCGUCGAAAUCUACAACUUCAAAUCUGCCGAAACCUACAACCUUAAUUCCUUCGAGUACUACAACCUCAAUUUCUUCGAGUACUACAACCUCAAAUCCGUCGAAAUCUUCAACUUCAAAUCUGCCGAAACCUACAACCUUAAUUCCUUCGAGUACUACAACCUCAAAUCCAUCGGAUACUACAACCUCAAAUACUUCGAAUACUGCUACUUCAAACCCGUCGAGAUCUGCAACCUCAGAUCUGCCGAAAACUACAACCUCAGAUCUACUGAAAACUGCAACCUCAAUUCCUUCUAAUACUGCAACCUCAAAUCCAUUGAAAUCUGCAACGUCAAAUCUGUCGAAAACUGUAGAAACCUUAAAUCCGACGAACACCCAAACCUCGAAUCCAACUAAGACCCAAGUUUCAAAUCCGACGAAUACUGCUGCAAAAUCGAGUCCGAUAGACAACGCUUCAAGUAGCUCAACAACAACUACAGCUAUCAUUCUUCCGUCAAUUACUGGCACUAUUCCCACGCAAGCAAUAUCUUCAGCAUCAUCUAACGUUAUUAAUGCCUCUACUGCUGUCGCAGACUACGCCCAAGACCCUACGAAUACUGCCCUGGCCCAGGCUGCACAUACCGCAAUACAAAGUGCAAUUGACUCCGCCAAUGCCGCAAAAGAAGAAUCCAAUGAUCCAAGUCUUAUUGCCCUCAUCGUUGCAGUCAUUGCUCCGCUCACUGAAGCCUCGCUUGCCAUUGCAGCAACCGCCGAGGCUGCUGUAGCUGUCACUAGUGCUCUGGCUGCAGCUUCUGCUGCUACGGAGAUUGUCAAUGAGGCCACAAGUCCAGAAACAGUGGUAGAACCUUGCUCAGAUGUGACGCCAUCUGACCUAUCAAAACGCUGGAUGCGUUAUGGACGACGGACUGAAUUACAGCGGCGCCAACCACCGCAAGCUUGCAUCGCAGGUGGCCCACCCCAAUAUACCGGCCCUGUAUCUCCACCGACCAAUCCCGGUGAGAUAAAUGCUCAGCUCAACUGUGGCGGUCAAAUAUACCAAAAACAACAAAUUCUAGACUCCUUGGAACAAGCGGUCAAGUAUUUAUCAAGCGGCAUAAAUUCGGCGUUUACACCGCCAGUAUCCUUGAAUACAGCGGGCAAGCAAAGUUAUCCUCAUGUAUUCCGCAACGGGGAUCCUCCACCGAAUGUUAUAGCUACUACUCCUUCGUGUGGUUCACCGGUUUGGGAGUUUCCUAUUCUUACUCUUGGAUUAUUCCAAGCUGGUAAAGGAAACGGAAAAGCUGCUCAAGCAGAUAGAGUCAUAUUGAGCUUUGACCCAAUCACAGGGUCCUCCCAAUAUUGUGGUUUAAUGACGCACACGAACUCAGGGACUCGAGGAUUUUUUGUGGACUGUGUAUGA